AUGGAAAUCAAGGAUUCAUGUCGUGAGAGCGAAUCUAAAAUAACCGAAAUGAUAGAUGAGCGACAAAUCGAACAAAUAUCUCCAGAAGAUGCAGUUGAAGUGGUAAGAGAAAUUCUCCAGCAACUGAAUAACGAAGAUUUUACUGAAUAUGAGGAAAUUCUUUAUAAAAUAAACGAAAUUAUAAAAUCGUGUAAAACUAAUAUCCUGAAUAUUCUUGGUGAAGCAGAGUUUUAUCCAUUAAUUCAUAAUUUCAUUAAUGCUGACAUUGAGAACGAACGAAUUUCUGCAAUUAUUGAUACUGUGUGCCUUUUACUUGUACAAUCUUGUGAUAAAGAAGAGUUCUUAGAAUUAAUUCCGCAGUUUAUAUUCGAAGAUUUAUUUUUAUUGCUACAAAAUUCCGGAAAUUCUAAAAUUUUACAGCGAAUAUUACAAUGCUUUGAUAAUAUGCUAUUAGUCAACAAAAGAUUAUCAGAAUCUUUCGCAGAAUUAGGAUUAAUUUCAAUAUUGUUAGACGUUGAAUCAAAAUAUUCAGAGUUGACUCGGUUUUGGUCAAAUGAUCCGUAUAUUACAAUAGAAUGCUGCUGCUUAGCAACAAUUUCUCGAUUAUAUUUUAACGUUCCAAAACUUUUUGAUGACGAAAUCACACAUGAUCUAAUCAAUAGAUACAUGGAAUGGAUUAAUCAAGACGAUUAUACACCUCUUUUAACUCAAUCUAUAAGAGGUCUUGCAAUUAUUGCAAAUGAUAACGCUCAAAUACUUAAUCCGAUCAUUUCUGUGACGGAAUACAAUCACAAAUUUCUGAAAUAUAUACGUUAUUCUGACCAGGAGAUCGUCAGAUCCACUCUAGAUUUGAUUUAUUAUUUAUGUGCGGAAAUGCCUGAAUAUUUCGAUCUUGGAUGCUUACAAAAUAACAUAAAACAGCAUUUGCAAUGCUCCUCAAGUGAUUCAGAUCCAAUAAUUCCUUCAAUUUCAUGUAGAAUUUUAGCAAUUUAUUUUAGUUACGAAAGCAAUCAUGAAUUACUAAUUUCGGAGGGAAUAGUAGAAUUAGUUAUUAAAUUAAUGAAUGGAAAUGUGCUGGAAUACAAAACAGAGGCAACAAUUGCUUUGGCAAAUUUAAUUUGCACUGCAACAACAACAACUCUUGAGUUUUUAUUCCAGAAGUAUGAUUUUAUUCAUCGGAUAGUUGAGCUCCUCGAAAUAGAUCACGAAACGCUAAAUCUUGCAAUUUGUCACACAAUCAUCAAAAUUUUAGAUGCAGCAAAAUCCGGAUCUGAAGAUUUAUCUGAAGUUUCUAAAACAUUGGUUCAAGAAAUUGAUCCUGAAAGGAUUUCCGAACUUUCAAACGCAGUUCAAUCAGCAACUGCUGAAAUUGCCGAGAGAAUUCUCGCUUAUCUUGAUGUUGAAUAA